AUGACUGUUUUGGAAAUCCCCCAGGAUGGUUUGACUCUCCGGGCGGAGAGUCAGGCUGGGGAGCCCGCCGCCACACGAGCCCAGUUCAUGCGGCUGGCUCUCGCCCAGAACACCCUAGAUGAACUCAUCAGCAGUAUGCAAAAAGGCCAAUCGGCCCGAGUUCGUCUGGGAAAACAUCCAUCCCUCCAGUACGCUGGAAAAACCGAGUCCUUCCACGCCUACCCCGAAACUCACCGCUCCGAGGUCUACGAGACCUCCGAUAAGCGGACCCUCUAUUUUGCCGGAGUCCUGAGUCACAGCUUGGAGGUCGCAAAGGCCAAGGAGGAUACCGAGGAUGUCUCCAAGGCCUUGGAGACCCUGCAAGCGGGCCUCAGUGCCCACGAACGGGAAAAAGAAGCCAAACAGUCCUACCUAGUCUCGCACCCGGAUGAGCUGAAGGCUCUAGCCAAGGUCAACAAGGGCAAUCGGAUGUCAAUCCGCUCGGGAGGCCCUAAAGACAAAUCCCGCCGCCUCGGAGCCUCUGGGAUGGGGAGCCUGCACCCGAGUCCCAAGCUCGGCGCCGCCGGAUCACCCGCCCUCGCCCCGACCUCCGCCCCCUCGCAAUCCAAGAGCGAUAUUCGUCUCGAAGCCCUCAAGACCCCCUUCGUCCACCUUCUUGCCGUCCGCGCUGUUUCCACCCAGUACCUCUCCCGCCUCACAUGCGCUCCUCCCGAUGAUAUUACUACACUCGCAAAGAAGUUUGGCGUGGAGAAUCGUCUCAACAGAGAAAAGUUUGACUUGAGAGAUAAGAUCUACAAGGAUCUCGAUAUGUGGAAGUUCCCUUACCCAAAUGAUGACGACCGAGAAAACGCCAUUCAAAACGCCAUCUCCGCCUUCGAUCGCAUGCGCAUCUCCCGAACCGACAAACUCUGGCAAAUGCUACUUCCGAAGGAGGAACGUGGCAAGGGAAAAUGCCUUUCACGCCUCAACCUUCACACUAUAAGUGCCAGCAAUGUGCCCACAAAGAAGGCUACCACGCCACGGAUCCAGGUGGAUGGUGCCGAGGACCGAGCCGACGAGACCGACCGUGCCAAGGCAUCGGAUGCACCUCGGCCAACUCAGAAAUCCAAGGAGAAGGAUGGAUCGAAGAAGCAACUGAAGGGAAAGAGUGCCAAUAACAGCACGCUGACGGGCCGAGUGACAAAGAAGACUGCCAGCAAGCCUGCUCCUGCAAAGCCCGAGGGCAAGUUCAAAUCGGCGGAGUUCGUCAACUCUUCUGACGAUGAGGAUGACGAUAUGCUCGAUGCCCCCUCACCUCAGCCUGCACCAGCUCCCGCUCCGCGUCCGAAGGAAAGCAAAAAGGCACCGGCCACAGCUCCAAUCAAAAAGACCCAAUCCGCGGCCAAACCCCAACCUGUGAAGCCCGUCGCUUCUACUCCUAAGGUCUCAAAGGCGCAGACAUCCACACCGAAGCUCGAGUCAUCUCAACCUACCCCUUCCUCUAAGCGACCUGCCCCUCGACCCUCGACCUCGCCCCAAAAGCCAUCCCCUCUGGGUUCAUCUCCUCCCGCAAGCGCAUCUGAAAAUGCCCAUGGUCGCAAUCGUUCCGACAGUCAAAACCAGUCAUCAGGUUCAUCUUCAUCCUCGCCUCUUAUUUCUCAACUUGCCCGAAACAGCAAGGCUACCGGCACAGCUGCACGCCCACCAUCAAAACCUGCAGCGUCGGCCAAUGGUCCUCACAAGCCCCUUCCCACCAAGGCCUCGGCCCAACCACCUCCGAGUAAAUCUGCGCCUCCAAAGCCCGCCCCCAAACCCGUUCCCGCCAGACCAACAUCCACCAAGCCUACGCCCCUCGACUCAACCCGUAACAAGCCAACUCGUCCAGGUCCUGUCAUUGGCAGGACUGCAAGCAAGACCUUGCCCGCGGGAAAUCCCCGGAAGCGCAAGGCGGACCCAGAUCUUGGGUCCGAGUCUGAGAGAGAUGGACAUCUAAUUACCACUGGCAACCUUGAGCACAAACGGCGCCGCGCAGUUAGUACCUCCAGCGGCAGCACGGGAAGUGCAUCUCCAUCUAUGACCCAGGAGGUUCUCCGGAAACGAUUGCUGGACAAAUCGGAGAAGUUCAAGGAGUAUUAUGCCAAGUACUCGGCCUUGCAUGAGACACUGGCCAAGCAAGCUCAGCCCAUCCAACGGGAUGUGGACAAACUAGAGAAGCAGCACAAACGACUACAGCAAAUGAAGCAGGAGAUCUGGGAUGAGAACCGACGUCUCCGCGACGAAGGUAUCAUCUCAUGA